UCCCCAACCCCACCCCCACACCCAAUCUCUUCCUCUAUUCCUCCCUCCUCACUUCCGCGUACUCAAAUAUCACGCGCAAGAGAGAGAGAGAGAGAGAGAGUCCUCACGAGCUCCGUAGUUGGAGAGAAAUGGUGGGGGUGGGGGAGAUGUGGGAGACGCUGAAGCAGGCGAUCGCGGCGUACACGGGGCUCUCCCCGGCGGCGCUCUUCACGGCGGUGGCGGUCGCCGCCGCGCUCUACCACGUGGCGGCGGGGCUACUCCAGGGGCCGCCGCCGCCGCCGCCGCGGAGGAGGGAGGCGGGGAGCGAGGCCGAGGACGCGGCGGAGCCCCUCCCUCCCCCCGUCGAGCUCGGCGAGGUCACGGAGGAGGAGCUCAGGGCCUUCGAUGGCUCCGAUUCCAAGAAGCCCCUCCUCAUGGCCAUCAAGGGCCAGAUCUACGACGUCUCCCAAAGCAGGAUGUUUUAUGGACCUGGUGGCCCGUACGCGCUCUUCGCCGGCAGAGAUGCGAGCAGAGCACUUGCCAAGAUGUCCUUCGAGCAAAAGGAUCUGACGGGCGAUAUCUCCGGCCUCGGACCCUUUGAGCUGGAGGCCUUGCAGGACUGGGAGUACAAAUUCAUGAGCAAGUACGUGAAGGUCGGAACGAUCAAGAAAUCUGUCCCCGUCACAGACGCAGAUCCUAGUAAUCCCUCGGAACCAUCGGAAAAAGGUGCUGAUGUCAGCCCUAGCGACUGUCAAGCAAGCGAUGCUGCCGAGACGCGGGAGAAUGGGCCAGCAAGCAGUGAAGACAAAGAUCAGAAGGCUGGGGAGGCUGAGAAUGGACCUAGAGACCUAGUAGAGGAAGCAGAGUAUACUAAUACAGGAUCAAAGGAAGGUGAAGUAAAGGAUGCUGGUGUAGAUGAAGUCCCCAAAGAGUAGGAGAAAUAAGGGGGAACAAAUGCAUUUUCAUCCAUAUAAAUCAUCCCUGGAAUUUUACUGUAUUGGUUUUCGACAUAUGCUUGUUAUUGUCCGCAGGGUGGGAUUAUAUAUGUUAGGACUUGGUGAAAUGCUGUCAAAUGCUCUCUUCUCUUAUCAUAAUGCUUAGUAAUAUAAUUUUUGUUUAUAUGAUUAUAAGUGAAGAGUUUGAUUUUUGUUUUUGAAAA